GUCAGCCGGCUCUCACGCGUGUUUCUCAGCAUGUUUUCGUGGGGAGAGGACUGCCGGCGGGGCUUUGAGCCCAUCGGAGUCUCCAACACCGCCAGGGAUGAUGGACCUCAUCAUUUAAACCUCAGUUAUCGCAUCUUGGACAUGUCGGCUGGUCACAAUGUGCUGGCUUAUGUCAAAACUAAUGGCAAUGCGUUCAUAAUGCGCACCAAUGAGGGCAGGGAUGGCGCGAGAGUGAGAGGAAAACAGAAGUUUGUCAAAUGUAAGGAGAAGAUUGAGGCGGUGAGUUGUGAGGAUGAUGCUGUAACCCUGCUGUCUGCCAGAGGCUCCGUCCUCUGCGUGGACUCCACUCACACUCCCUGCACACCCAGGAUCCCGGAUGCUUUGUCAAACAUAUCAGUCUCCCAGGUCGCUUGCGGCAGCCAGCAUUCAGUUGCGUUGUCCAGAGACGGUCAGGUGUACGCCUGGGGCAAGAACUCCAGGGGCCAGCUGGGACUGGGGAGGAGGAAGUCCGGGAUCACCCCACCCACACACGUCUGGUGUCUGUCAUCCAUGCCCCUGGUUCAGGUUUCUGCAGGAGGAGAGCAGAGCUUCGCCCUCUCGGUGUCGGGAGCUGUUUUCAGCUGGGGCAGAAACGACUGCGGACAGCUCGGACUGGGAGACACCGAAGACAGAAGUACACCAACCUCUGUCCAAUGUUUGAACCUGAAGAAAACUAGUUACAUUGCCUGUGGAAAGGACCACACUGCUAUUUUGACAAAGGGCGGUGUGGUGUUUACGUUCGGCUCUGGUCAGCAUGGACAGCUCGGACACAACUCAUUACAAAAUGAGCUCUGUCCUCGGCUGGUUGCAGAGCUCUGGGGGGCAAAAGUUAUCAAGAUUGCAUGUGGAAGACAUCACACAUUGGUGCUGACAGAUGUGAGGAAGAUCUACGCUUUCGGUUGCCAAGAGCAAGGACAGCUGGGACGUGUUGAGGAGAGUCAUCCAUCUGUGCCUCUACCUGUUCAACGACCUCAGGGUAACUACAUCAGCAAUGAAAAAAUUAGCACCAUAUUUGCAGGAGAAAAUUGCUCAUUUGCAACAUGCUGCUCUGAUGAGGACAUUCAAAGGGAUUCAAACACGGAUGUCGUCAGUCACAAAAGUCAGCCUGAACUUGAAGGAAUGAUUGAUAAAUGGAUCUCUGACAGCGAUUCAAAGUCAUGGAAAAGAAUCAAACAGGAAAUCCACAAGACGUUUUCGUCUGCAUCGUGUCUGAAUAAAAGCUUCCUUGAACAAAGGAGUGAUAAACAUUUCCAAACUUCAUCCAACUAUCAUGGUUUGAAUUUGAAACUGGCACGUCAGACAUUCAAGAAACUUGUGAAGACAUUCAAGGUUUGGGAAAAGGUUGAGGCAGCACUCCUGCGCUUGCUCCCUCGUCUUGAUAAGAAUCCAGUGGGAGUGGAGGGUCUGAGGAUCUACCUGGUUCUCACUGAGCUUCUCCACGUGAUCCAGAAACACACACAAGGACCGAACACGAAGCUCGCUGAGGCGGUCGCGGCCGCUGUGACAAGCUUGUCACCGAAAAGCCUCCAGAUCAUAGGGGACUGGUGGUCCUCGCUGACGCCUCCCAGCAUGGUUAGGUAUGUUCAGGUGUGGAAGUGCGCUCUCUCUGUGAUCUUGUCCUCUCAGCCCGAUCCGUACAACUCUGGAGCCAGAAACCUGCUGCUAGUGCUUCAAAACAUGUACAACGUCAACAGCAGGGUCACGGAGUCUCUAAAGCUGCCAGACAGCGAAUUUUAUUUGAUGAUUGAUCGUUUUCUCACUCAGGAUCUGCUCCUCUGGUAUUUAAGGUCACGAGGAAAGGAUGUUGCUGAGCCACUUGUCCUUUGUAACUUUCCACUGGUGAUGGAUCUGAAAAGAAAGCUGUGGGUUUUUCGGGUGCUCUUUAAAGCAACCCAGGUAACUUUCGAGCUCUUGAUGCAGGACAAUUUCUUCAUGCAACCGUUUUUGGAACUUGGGCUGCUUGAUCCUUCUCCUGAAUUCUUUAAACUGGAGCUGAGACGUGCGUCGGUUUUGAAAGAUACCUUUGACCAACUGGCUGCUGCUCCCCGAGAAGACUACAAGAGGGCACUCAUGGUCCAUUUUGACACCAACCCUGAAGUGGAUAAUGUCAACGUAAAAGACUUUUUUUACGAAGUCUUUCAUGAGAUUGUGUCAUCUGACUCCGGGAUGUUCAUGUUCAAUGACUCUGGGACGCUGGCAUGGUUCCCUCCCAAUGCACGGCGAGGAGACCGGCGAUUCUUCCUGUUUGGGGUUCUGUGUGGGCUGGCUUUGUACAACCAGGCCAUUAUUUACUUCCCUUUCCCACUGGUGCUGUUCAAGAAGCUUCUGGGAGUGAGUCCUUCACUGGAAGACUUGAAAGAGUUCAGCCCAAUUGUUGGAAAGAAUCUGCAGUACAUCCUGGAUGACUGCACAGAUGACGACAUAGAAGACCUGUGCAUGGAUUUUCAGAUCAACUGGAAUGGGAGAGACCUCUACCUUGAUCCUAAACAUCCUGACAAACCUGUAACAAGUAAAAACAAGAAGGAGUUUGUGGAUGCCUACGUGAAUCACGCCUUCAACGUGUCAGUGAAGAAAGUGUUUCAGGACUUCAGGCAGGGCUUCUUCCAGGUGUGUGACCAGAUGCCGAUGAGGCUCUUCAAGCCAAAGGAGCUGCAAGAAGUGCUGGUGGGGGAAGAUGUCCAGGACUGGGACAAGCUGAAACAGAACACAACUUAUACAGGGGAGUACCACGUCGACCACCCCAAAAUACAAAUGUUUUGGGAGGUUUUUGAUGAACUGUCUGAAAAACAGAAGAAAGCUUUCCUCUGGUUUGUGACAGGAUAUGAGCGGGUCCCCCUCUCCAGUUUGGUCAAGAUCAAGAUGAAUAUCAGCGUUUAUCCGGCCAGCGAGUCCUUACGCGACCAGUACUAUCCUGAGACAGAAACAUGUUUCUCCAACCUCUUACUGCCACUGUACUCAACCAAGGAGAUCAUGCAGACCAAACUGACGGAGGCUCUGAGCCUCAACAGAAGAAUCUGUCAGUGAUCAGCACUUUACUCUGACUAUUUGCUGCAGCUAAGCACUGGAUUCACUUUUUACUUUGCAGCAGUGCACUUUAUGACCACAUAUCAUUCUUUAGGCUACCAUUAGAGCAGCAGGUUGAUGAAUAAAACAAUAAUAUAUGGUUCAACUCAACUCAACUUCCUUUUAUUGCCACACGGCUAGGCCGGUAGAAAUAGUUUCACGGUGCAGGUGGUAGCUGCAACAAUACACCACAGCAGUACAAAAGACUGAACAUUUUCCAGAGGACAAAAACAGAGUAAUAACAAUGCAGACAAAACUGGACAAGGCACACAAAAGCACAUAUCAGACAGGACCACCGAAAUAGGACAAGGAAUUAAGCAUUUAGUAGUCGUACGGUCGAGGGAAAGAAAAAGUCAUUGUAUCUCUUGUUCCUUUUACCCGGUGACUUAUAAAUAAUCCUCCUCUGGGAGCGGAGGCGCUUAAACGGAUAGUUAGCAGGGUGUGAGGGGUCCUCAGUUAUUUUAGUUGCCCGUGUGAUGGUGUGGUGUUUGUAAAGGGAGUCAGUGUGGGGAGUUCAUGUUUGGUGUCUGGAAGCCCUUUUAAUUAUCCUGUCCAGUCUGUGUAGUGUAGGUUUAGAUGCAUUACCGUACCAUAGUACCAUAUGGUUUGUGUAUAUAUUAAAUCAGGCCUGACAUUAAAAGUGUAAAUAGUUUGGCUUUGGAGAUAUAUUUAAUUGAAAUGUCAUUUUUGCAUAUUGGUCAGAAAUCUGUGAUUGUUUGAGUUCCCGUGAUCCCUAAAUGUUAAUAAAUGACACACUUGUCUGAAUUCUGCUACU